UGCAAACAACCGUAGAUUGCUCAUUUUUCGAACUGUUACAUUUCAACCUAAUGUUCUCUUCGACUCCUAAACGGUAGCUUGAAGCUUCUUGUUUCAUGGCCGGCACGUGCACCUCUAUUACGCGCCACGUCGUCAGAUCCACGACCGUCGAAUUAUCCAGAACCGGCAGCCGCAGCUGGACUUCUUUUUCGGCCAGGAUCUCUAUGAAGGGCAAUGGAGCGUCCGCGACGUUCGGGGAGCGUCAGUUCGCAGGCGCAGCAACAGCGACAGCUGAGGGGCCAUCUUGCAUAUAUGUUGGUCCUAUUGAGACCGCAAGUAAAGAAACCCUAGAAGCUCUCUAUCGUCAAGCACGGGAUGCGUAUUACAGUGGGGAACCUUUGAUAGUUGAUGACAUGUUUGAUAGAGUAGAGUUAAAAUUGCGGUGGUAUGGUUCAAAAUCUGUGGUCAAGUAUCCUCGUUGCAGUAUUAGGCGACAAUCCACAUAUGCAGAUGCUGAGGAAGAUAUAUCACAGGCUUUUGCACUAGCAAGCGUAUGGAUUAUCUUUCUUGCAUUUGGGAGUUCAGCAUUGGUUGGGCCUAUUAUCUACACUGUUUUUCUAGCUUAUCAAGAUGCAUUUGGCUCAGGAAUUUCCCAAGGCAGCCAAGCGUCCAUAAUACAGUUUCUUGAGAUGGUGAAUGGCAUUCUCUUCAUGCUAGUGGGAUCUCUGAUUGGCUAUCCAAUUACAUCGGCUUCUGUUAAGGUGCUCUUGGGGCUUUGGAGGAAUGAUUUGGUGUCUCUUAAGGGAGCAUGCCCAAAUUGUGGAGAGGAGGUGUUUGCCUUUGUGAAAUCAGAUCAGUCUAAUAGUUCUGCACACAGAGCAGACUGUCAUGUAUGUGAAAGCUUACUAGAAUUCCGCACUAAGGUCGAGAAUUUUACUCGACCGUCAACUUGUUCUAUUACUGAAGAGACCGGGAAAAUACAGUAGAAUAUGGGGAAAUUUUAGUGUGGUAUUUUGGAUGUUUACCUCACUCUGUUGUCAUUAUGCAGCAAACCGUUUCAACACUGGGAAGACGAUGGGUCUAUGGCCGAAUAUAUCUUAUAUCACGCAGACGUCGGAGAUUGAAGUAAGAUCCAGACUAAUAUAUACAAGCAGCUCUGUACCAUAGCAUGAUUCUUUCCAGAUUGUUUUCUCCUCUUACUUAAUUUUAGUUGGUAUGUUGAAGUAAUUCCUAUUCGUCAGAGAAAGAGAGUGAGAAUAAAAAACCGUUGGGAAUUGUACGUUGUAGAAAUACAAUUUCAGCUUAUCGCUUAUGAUCAAAUGAUCUAGAGCUCGUAUAGCGAAUUAUUUCAGAGGAAAUUUAAAGCAGGCAAAGACUAUCUUCAAAAGAUAUACUUGUUCGUUUCAUAAAUCGAGAACACUUCUGCCUUUUGUUAAUGGUA